ACCAACGACGCUGUUCCAUCGUCAGUGAAGUGAUAUAAAGGGUAGCCGUAGCCGGGUACUUGCUAGUGAUUUCGCUUUCGGUAUAGGUGAACGACGCAGGUCACAUAUACUCGUAAUGCUCGCACUAGCCGCGCUACUACUAACCCUGUUAUUGGUGUGGUGUUUAUCAGAACCGAAGAAGAAAAAGAAUCUGCCACCAGGGCCGAAACCUUGGCCCGUUAUCGGCAGCCUUCAUCUUCUGGGGCAACAUGAAACCCCUUUUCAAGCGUUUACUGCACUGUCCAAACUUUACGGGGAUAUCUUUAGCAUUACUUUGGGCGCGACACCCUGCGUUGUCGUUAACAACUUCGAUAGCAUAAGGGAAGUACUCAUAACAAAAGGAGCCGAAUUUGGCGGACGACCUGAUUUUAUGCGCUUCCAUAAACUUUUCGGUGGAGACAGAAAUAAUUCUCUUGCCUUGUGCGACUGGUCCUCGUUGCAGAAAACAAGACGGAGCAUUGCCCGAAACUACUGCUCGCCAAAGUUUACCUCGUUACAAUUCGAUUACGUGAACCAAGUGGGCUGUCAAGGGACUAGGGUUCUUUUGGAGGAGUUACGCUCGCUACCAGAAGGAAAGCCGGUCGCACUCAAGCCCAUGGUCUUGGCGGCAUGCAUGAAUAUGUUCACCCAGUACAUGUGUUCCGCCAAGUUCGAUUACAGAGAUGCGGAAUUUAAGAGAACGGUUAGAUACUUCGACGAGAUAUUCUGGGAGAUCAAUCAAGGCUACGCCGUUGAUUUCCUUCCUUGGUUGCUACCCUUAUAUGCGAACCAUAUGCAAAAACUCUCUGACUGGGCCAGCGAAAUCAGGAAAUUUAUUCUAGCUCGAAUCAUCGAAAAGCACAGGGCAACACUCGAUCCGUCUCUACCACCGAAGGAUUUCACGGAUGCGCUUCUUUUGCAUCUGGACGAAGAUCCUAAUAUGAACUGGCAGCAUAUAAUAUUUGAAUUGGAAGAUUUCUUGGGAGGCCAUUCAGCUGUGGGCAAUUUGGUAAUGGUGGCAUUGGCGGAGAUAGUAAAAAAUCCACAAGUAGGGAAGAAAAUCCAAGCAGAAGUUGAUAACGUAACUAACGGUGAAAGACUGCCGAAUCUAAGCGACAGAACCAGUAUGCCUUACACGGAAGCUGUACUGUGGGAAACUCUUCGAUCGGCGAGUUCACCGAUUGUGCCACAUGUUGCGACGGCUGAAACAGAAAUCGGAGGCUUCACAGUAGAAAAGGGUACGAUGGUGUUCAUAAACAACUACGAACUGAACGUGGGCAACGUGUACUGGGACAAACCAGAACUUUUCAGUCCCGAAAGAUUUAUUUCUGUGGAAACAGGGACACUAGUCAAACCUGCCCAUUUCAUUCCCUUCAGCACAGGUAAAAGGACAUGCAUCGGCCAGAGGUUGGUGCAGUGUUUCAGCUUCAUAAUAAUAGCGACCAUAAUGCAAUACUUCGACAUAUCGAGCAAUGAAGAAAUCAAUUUGAAACCUUGCUGCAUGGCUGUACCGCCAGACUGUUUUGAGAUUGUUUUACAUCCAAGGAACAGGACUGGUGCCAAUUAACUACUAUUACUGCUACAACCAUUGCCACUACACUGCCCUCGCUUUAUGUUAUGUUAUCUCUCUCCUCGUAGUAGUAGUAGUAGUAGUAUGUAGUAGCAGGUAAUUCUUGUAUCCGUCCACUGAAAAGCAAAACCUGCCGCCACGUAUCAUCUUAUCUUGCAUGGACUUACGAUUGUUAGAUUGGUGUGUGUAUGCUGGAGGAAAAAAAAACACCUAACCCACCGACAAUGAUACCCAAGCAAACGUGAAAGAGAUAAGUAUACGCGAAGAAGACGAAAAAAA